AUGGAGCUGCCAACGUACAACGGAAAUUAUUUGCAUAUUGCACUUGUAACUCUACUGCAACUGUUUUUGUUGCUGCCAGUGUUGCCAGUGCAAUCCCAACAUUACUAUCCACAUAGUCAUCCACAGCGCCAGCUUUACUUUGAUGCUCCGGCCAGGCUGCGUCGCUUUGAGUAUGUGCCUGCCCCCUUUGUGGCAGGCUAUGUGGCGCCUCCCGCCGCCCACUAUCAACAGCAGGCGCCCAACUUUCAAUUGAUCAACUAUCGUCCCAGCUAUCAACCACUCGCCUUGGAGUAUCAGCAACAACAGCCACCUGCACCACAGCCAGCACCACCGCUACCCUCCCUUUAUCCGCAGCAGACUGUGCAGUAUCAACAACGUGCCGCACCGCAAACUGAACUCGCCAAGUACCGUUAUGAGGGCAACUAUAUUCCAAUCCAGCACCGUGUGGCAGUUGCCCCUCAGUUGCCCCCGCGUCGGGUGGAGGAACAGCUCUAUAAUGUGCCGCCAGCUCUCUUCACCAGCGACGUGUUGCAUGUGGUGCCUUCGCGUGCAGCACAACACCAGCAACUACAACACCAGCAACAACAGCAGCAACAGCAACAACAGGAGUUGCAGGCAGAGCGUCCUCGUCGCUUUGCAGCUAAUCAGGAUGCAACACAGGAUGCUGUGGCCGCCGAGUCAAGAUCAGAAAGUAAUAGACCAACAAAGGAAACCAAAUACUUUCAUGACAUUUUUAUGAGAUUUGAUGGACCGAAUACUCGCAGUCAUGGUCAUGUCUUAGAGCAUCCGAAGGCGCAGGAACGACGUUUUGAAUUGCAGCGUGGCACAAAUCGUUACAAGGGCGAGGUGAUCUGGACGGAUCGUCGGGGAGGACACGGCGAGCAUCGUUGGGAUUUGGCGCAAGGAAAACUCUGAAGCAAUCAAAACAUUUGCAUAAUUUACUUACUUUAACCUACCUCUUACUCCUUCUCUGUCUCUCUCUCUCUCUCUCCCGUUUCUACUUAGCGUGUACAUAUAAAAAACGUGACUUUUCA